AUGAGGGUGUUCAGGCAGAGGAUAAUUGUUUAAGUCGUGCUUGAUUCGUAUUUAAUGUAUUAAUACCAAUUUGUGGAUGUUAUGAUAGUCAAUUAUUUCAACACCCGUCUCCUACAACAUUGCAUCUUAGAUAUGUGAAACCUCUCCUCGUUCUCUGUCCAUGUAAAUUUUACUCUUUUUUCAGACAAUAACUCUAUGUCGUCAACUAUAAUCCGGGGGCCUUGUUUGUUGAAAUUAGAACUUGGACGCUUUUUUUGUUAGUAUUUGAUUUUCUAAAACGUGUUGAUCCAAACGGGUCUCUGUCUUUUCGGCAGUGAGGGUGUGUGUUGUAAGGAUUGUGGUGUGGUAUAUAUAGCCCUGAGAGCGGAGUCCUGGAUCGUAACUCUCCCAUAAGCAUCCCCACCCCUAGCGAUCAUUCAUCAUGGCCAGCCGUAGUGUCCACCCAAAGGUAAUUCGCAACCUCCGCCGCCUUAACUCCUCCGCUCCCUCCAUCACUGUCGUCCCGCCGCUCAUCAAUCCGGGAAGACCUGAGAAGGUAGCCAAGAGACCGCUUCAACCAACACCAACACCUUCACCGCCCACCACCACCGCCGACUCCGCCUCCACCAGCACCAACAGCAGCGACUUCCAGCUCGAACUUGAUGAUACCAAGCGGUUGUUUUCAUCAGUUUCGACACCGAAGCUGAUUAAAUCAGCAAGCAUGCUUAAGAUCUCGUCGUACGAUCGAGCGGCUGAUUUUGGCUUGUGGAUCAUGACUUCGGGACUGAUGAACAACCCUAUGGUCAGGAAGUUGGUUUUGGCGGCCACUGAGCAUACCUUCUAUUCUCACUUUUGCGCGGGUAAAGAUCUGGAGAAGGCGAGCAGGACCGUGGAGAAACUUUGGGAUUCUGGACUCGGUGCUAUGUUGGAUUAUGGCUUGGAACACGCUACCGAUAACGAGUCGUGCGAUCGCAAUUUGCAAGAAUUUCUUCGAACCAUCAAUUCGACCAAGUCCGUCGACUCUUGCCAGGUUAGCUUUGUUGUGGUGAAAAUUACUGCGAUUUGUCCUCCUAGUUUGCUAAGAAGAGUUAGUGAUCUACUGCGAUGGGAGCAGAAGGACAAAUCCUUGCAUCUUCCAUGGAAGCUCAAGAAUUUGCCCGUUUUCUCCGAGUCUAGCCCUCUGUACCACACGAUGACAAGGCCUCCUCCCUUAAGUAGAGAGGAAGAGCACGAUCUCGAGUUGGCGUACGAGAGGCUGGACAAGAUUUGUAAGAAUAGCAUAGAAGCCAACAAGCCUCUGUUAAUUGAUGCAGAGGACACAGCAAUUCAACCUGCAAUCGACUACUUCAGUUACUCUGCUGCGAUAAAAUACACUGGCAAAGAGGACGAUCCGCUAAUAUUCAACACGAUUCAGGCUUAUUUGAAAGAUGCAAAAGAGAGGCUGGUGAUAGCAAAGAAAGCUGCAGACAAAAUGGGAGUGCCUGUAGGGUUUAAAUUGGUGCGGGGUGCAUACAUGUCCAGUGAGAAACAAUUUGCUGCUUCGUUGGGGGUUAAGUCCCCCAUCCACGAUGACAUCCAGAAGACUCAUAAUUGUUUCGAUGACUGUGCUGAAUUUUUGCUUGAGGAGGUCGCUAGGGGGUCGGGUUCAGUCGUUCUAGCAACCCACAAUAUUGAAUCAGGUAGAAAGGCAGCUUCUAAAGCAAUUAGUCUCGGACUCGAACGCUAACCCAUAUUUCCAGUUUGCCCAGCUCUAUGGAAUGGCAGAAGUUCUUUCUUUUAGCCUGAGAAAUUAAGGUUUUCGGGUGAGCAAGUAUUUGCCGUUUGGGCCUGUUGAGCAAAUUAUGCCGUAUCUUCAGAGGAGGGUUGAGGAGAACAGAGGCCUCUUGGCUGCUUCAUCAAUUGAUAGAGUCCUCAUGAAGUAACUACCAAAACUCUCUUGACUUGUUUAUUUGAGUAGUUCAUAUAGAUUCAGAGAUCACAAGUUUGGGUUCCAUUUUCAACUUGCAGGGAGGAACUGCUAAGGAGACCAUCACCAGGCUCUUGACAUGUUAUUUUGAGAUGAACCUACUUGUCGAGACUAUCCAACUUCCUGCUCCAGACAAACUGUAAAUACUAUACAAGUGGGGAGUGCAAGAAUUUAGCUAAGUUUAUGGUCUAUUGUUAUUGUACAUAGGUUUGAGAGAGAACAACGCACAAGUUGUGAAUCAUUAGACAGUUGAAAGAUUCAAGAAACUUGUUGUCCCUCUCAGGCAUGUUUGAUAAAUCUCCACAUGGGAUGUUAUCCGAGUUCUUCUCCCUGUGAGAUGAGAAGAACCCGUUUCCCAGUUGUGUUUGAGGCAUUUAUUGUUGAAUCUUGAUAAAUUUUAUUUGUUC